GUGACCGGUCUCUGUCCAAGACACCAGUGCUAGUCCCAAAGUGCGGACCCCAUUCUACUCGACAGCACGCGGCACCGAGAAGCUAACAGAGGACAACUCAAAUCUACAUUUAAAUGUUUAAGAAUUUCCUUAUUCCAGUCUGCAUGCCUGCUACUUAACAUGGAAUUCAGGAGAACUAAUCCCAGCUUAUACAGCACUGUUAUACUGCUAUUCCUCUCCCUCUUUCUGCGGGGGCUGGCACAAAGCUGUUUUUCUUCCCCAUGUCUUAACGGGGGCACAUGUCAGGAGACACCGGAUGGAUUUUCUUGUCACUGCCCCACACAGCCACUGGCUUUCACUGGAGCAGACUGUGGAGUGGUCUAUGAUGCAUGCACGGUAUAUGAAUGCCCCAAAACCCACAACUGCCUCACUACCCAAGGAUAUCCUCAGUACCAGUGCACCUGCAAGCCUGAACUUAACUGCUCCAUUAAUGCAUGUGAGACUCACCCUUGUUCCCAGCCAAACUCUCAGUGUGUGGAUAGUGCAGAUGGCUUUCUUUGCAGUUGUAAGGAUGGGUACAGUGGUCCUAACUGUGACCAAGUGGUUACAGCAUGCCCACAAAAUCCUUGCCUGAAUAAUGGUACCUGUGUGGCAGAAGCUGGGAAUUACACAUGCGUAUGUAAGCCUGGCUACACAGGGGAACACUGUGAGGUCGACAUCAACGAAUGUGCUUCAAACCCCUGCCGGAAUGAAGCAAUCUGUGUGGAUAAAGUUAACAAGUACAUCUGCUUUUGUGUACCUGGCUUCCAGGGGUACCAUUGUGAAAUAGACAUCAAUGAAUGUGCAUCCAAACCCUGCCUCAAUAAUGGCAAGUGCCUUAACAUGAUGGACCAUUAUGAGUGCGAGUGUGCAACAGGAUAUACAGGUGUCAAUUGUGAAACAGAAAUAGAUGAAUGUGCUUCCAGUCCAUGUCAGAACGGUGCUCUGUGCAGAGACCACAUUGGAUACUUUUCCUGCGACUGUCCUGCAGGGUACGAGGGAGAGUUGUGCCAGUAUGAUAUUGAUGAGUGCCAAAGCCAGCCAUGCCUGAAUGGCGGAGUCUGUUUGGACGCCAUAAACAGGUUCCAAUGUAACUGUAGUGACACUGGGUUUGUCGGAGACACGUGUGAGAUUGAUAUUCCUGAGUGUGCGUCUAACCCCUGCCUGAACAAUGCCACAUGUCUGGAGGGAAUCAAGAAAUACAGCUGCCUCUGCUGGCCGGGAUAUUCUGGGGAUCACUGUAAUGUGGAUGUGAAUGAAUGUGCUGAAGAGCCCUGUGAGAAUGGGGCUCUGUGCCUGGAACGAUCCAACCAGUCAUACUAUGGGUCUGAGCUGGAAUUUAGGAGAGAGUUCAGCUACAGCCAAGCUGUUGGAUAUGUGUGCCGCUGCCAGCCAGGAUUUACAGGUGAAAACUGCUCUGUUGAUAUUGAUGAAUGUGCAUCACAGCCAUGUCAGAAUGGGGGAACCUGUACUGACCUGAUCAAUGGGUUCUCGUGUCACUGCGUACCUGGAUAUACUGGUGUAGGGUGCAAUAUUGACAUUGAUGAGUGUGAAAUGAACCCAUGUGAAAAUGGGGCGAGCUGCAUGGAUGGUGUUGCCGAUUAUUUUUGCGUAUGCCCAGAACCUGCCGAGGAUGAAAUAAUUUGGGGAGGUAAAAACUGCUCUGUGAAGCUGGAAGGGUGUGUGGAUCACAGCUGCAAAAACCAAGCUUUCUGCAUCCCAACGUAUGAAGACAAUGUCCAUAGUUAUAUCUGCCAAUGUCAACAUGGAUUCUAUGGGGAGGACUGUUCUAUCCCCACAACGUUCUCCUUUACAUCAAGCGGAUACAUUAUGUAUGAUCUGCAAAUCAUUAACAGGACCAAGAGGUAUGCUGAGGGCAUCAAGAACCAAGUAAGCGUGCGAUUCAGAACAACAUUACCAGACAUGAUCCUUGUGUACCGUGGUAAUGAAGACAACUAUCUAAUUCUUGAGCUCCAUAAUGGACUGUUACAUGCUCUCUUCAGGAGAAACAGUUACUUAACUCAUUUGACAUUUCAUGAUCACAGAGUAGAUGAUGGUUAUUGGCAUAAAGCAGAGGUGUUAAUUGAUGAUUAUAUGCAGCUUAUUAUUCACGAUGAAAGUUGCAGCAAAGCUCUUUGUUCCAUAACACAACCCAUCAGUGCUGAGUAUGAUUCACAGCUCCCAGAAUCUUUAAACAAGGUCUACAUUGGGGGACUUGCUCAAGAGUCCCUUCUUAAUAACAGUUUGAGUUUACAGAAUUUCACUGGCUGUUUGGAGGACCUGGAGAUUGACUUCAGGGUUCAGCUGCCCCAGAAUUUUAAGAGUGAUGCUUCAUUUGAGGUGGAGAUUGGGUGCAAUAAAACGGACUGGUGCCAUCCCAACCCAUGCCACAAUGAGGCACUUUGCAUUGAUCUGUGGACCAACUUCAGAUGUGACUGCCUCAGACCAUAUGAGGGUCCCACUUGUAUGUACGAACACAUACCUGGAACAUUUUUCAGAGAAGGAACUCCAAGCUAUGCCAACUUCACCGUCAUUGAGAACCUAGGGUACAAUUUCAGCGUCUCAGCUUUUAUUAGAACACUUAAACUAGAUGGCCUCUUGUUGCAGAUCAGUAAUGGUACCAUGAAUUACUUCAAGGCCUACCUGCAGAAUGGUUGGCUUCAUAUAGCAUCUCCAUCUGUGCCCACUCUGGUCUUCAAUAAAAACAUCGCUGAUGGCAGGAAGUACAUGUUAGAUAUAUCUGUGAGUGAAGGACUUGUGACAAUCAAACAUCUGGAGGUUGAGACACAAUUAGGGCAGCUGUCUCCAGUGUCUGUUGAACAAGGAGAUGUCAUUUACGUUGGAGGAUUGCCCCCAGGAUUAAAUACAGAUCAACAGGUUGGAUACUUUAAAGGAUGUCUUCAAGAUGUGAGACUGAACAACCACCGCUUGGAAUUCUUCAGACUUGAAAUGAAUAACACCGAUGCGGAUGGGAUCUCCUAUCCUGGGAAUAUCAUUAAUGUGACCCGGGAUUGUGUGUCCGAUAAUACGUGUGAACCUAGCCCCUGCAGAAAUGAAGGUCUUUGCACGGUUACAUGGAACGACUUCAACUGUAGCUGUCCAGCCAACUUUACUGGGAGAACCUGCGAGGAGCCUGUGUGGUGUCAACGAAGUCCUUGCCCUUCAGAGUCCACCUGCCUGGAUGUAUCAGGAGGAUACGUGUGUCUUUCUAAUGCAACAUUUGUAGAAGAUGCGGUGGUAUUCUCUACAAACAUCUCCACAGAACAGCAGCUUACAUCCGUGUCCUUGGAUUUUCGAACCAGAGACAGAAAUGCUGUCUUGUUGCAAGCAUCAAAAAGUGUGGACUCCAUAGUCAUCAAAAUCAAUGACGGUCGUCUACUUGUUACCCUGCAGAGUGGAAACAGCAUUGAAGGCGUCCAGUUUGAUGGAAAGAUAGACGUCUCUGAUGCCCUUUGGCACAGAGUUGUAAUAACAAUGAAAGAUCCUUCAGAGGUGCAUUCUCAGUGGGUGAUACAGCUUGAUAAUGCCAUCAACACGACUCUCCAGGGCAGUGCUGGCAGCUUGUCCUUUCUGAAGGCGAACGCAUCAGUUGUAUUGGCUGAAAAUUACACUGGGUGUCUUGGAAAAGUAGACAUUGGAGGGAUUUACCUGCCAUUUGCAAGCCACUCCUUUCCACAACAGUUUAUUAAGAGAAGUUCUGGUGCGCUUGUCCUGGGGUGCAGAGGAGCGGAUGUAUGCAGUGAAAACCCCUGUCAACACAAUGGCCGGUGUCAGGAUAUCUUUAAUGCCUUCAGUUGUGUCUGCCCGGUGGGCUGGGAAGGGCUGCAGUGUGAAGUCAACAUUGAUGACUGCAAAUCCAACCCCUGUAUCCACGGCACGUGUGAAGACCUGGUGGCUAAUUAUCAGUGCAAGUGUUUCUUGGGAUAUACCGGCAGAAAAUGUGAAUCUGAUGUGGAUGACUGUGAACACCACCAGUGCCAGAAUGGGGGUUCUUGUUUGGAUGGUGUUAACAACUAUACCUGCAAAUGCCCAUCCAACUAUUCUGGGCCUUACUGUCAAUGGCCUUACCCUCCGGAGCAGUGCAAUAAAAACGUCACGUGUCUGAAUGAGGGCACAUGUAACAGUGGUGUUUGGGGAGCUAAUUGUACUUGUAGACCAGGCUUUAAAGGAAAGAGGUGUGAAGUGAAUAUCAAUGACUGUGAGUCAAACCCGUGUCUUAAUGGGGGAACCUGCCAAGAUUCAGUAAACAAUUUCAAGUGUAUCUGUAUUUCCAAUUACAGUGGUGUGCGCUGUGAGAAAGACAUUGCGGUCUCUAUCUUCCCCUUCCCACUCCUUGGAGUUGCUGUCCCUGUUCUAUGUGGGGGGGCGCUUCUCCUUGUAAUAAUAAUCAUUUUCAUGGUGCUGACAGCGAGGAAGAGGCGGCAGUCAGAAGGAACCUACAGUCCAAGCCAGCAGGAGGUUGCAGGUGCGCGUCUAGAAAUGGACAGCGUCCUUAAAGUACCCCCUGAGGAGCGUUUGAUAUGAGCCAAGAGGACAAGUAGUAGAUUCAUCUCAAAUUCUGAUUCUGCAGUGCAAAAUCAAGAAGGCCAGAAAAGGACCUUUGUAACAUAAUUUAAGCAGGUUGCCUCUUCUCAGGUUACCAAUUUCCUGUGAAGGGAAUUAAAUGAUAUUGGAGGAUUACACUGCGAAGCAUCAUUCUAAAGAUUCCUCAGAAGUGCAAUUUCUUCUCUCAAGUUCUCCUGCGAAACACAGGUCAGGAUGUUGCCAUGUGAAAUAAAUCUCACGUUUUCUUGCACUGAGAUUAGACUGGAUAUGUGGACCCUCUUUCUUGUAUAUAACGGUUCAUGCAACCGGUUGAUAAAAUCGAAGCUACUUGACCGUUUUCCUGAACCACACGCUCCCUCUGUCCAGUAAAGCAGCCUUGAUGUUCAGGAUGGGAAAGGUAGAGAACUCAGCACACCCUUUUGUGUCCCGGCUACUUUCCAUCUAGAAGUUCAGUGAUUAGGAACCCGAACCUAAUGUUUAAAGAACAAGCAAUCUCAGAGCAAAAGUCGAACACGUGGAGAAGUCAGAUGAAACUUUCCUUUGGUUGCUGCGGACUGUAUUGGAUAGGAGUAAACAGGACAACCAUAUUAUCCUGUGUGAUGCUUUCAUCGAUUUUGUGCCUUACAUUCAUGAUGACUCUAUUCUGCAUGAUAACUGUUUCUCCUAUCAUACUGAAUAUAGGUAGCACAGCAAAACAAAACAAUAAGUUACAUUUGCUAAGAUGUGAAAAGCUUGAGAGUUACAAUAGCUGUUAUUCUACAGAGGACCAUUAUGUAGCAGAUGACUAGGGUUUGGAGAUUA